CCUCGCACGUCCCUUCAUUAAGUUUCUUCGGGAAAAUGAUGCGAAUGCCUAAAGGCGUUUCUCCGGCAUCGGGACGGCCAGCAGCGGGGCUACCCUGCACUCAGCAGAAGAUGAAGGUUUUGUCCACCGGAACAGUCAAAACCGAGUUCUUCAGCACCGGACUGUCCAGCCCACCGAUGAGCACGGUACCGGCCGGGUAUUUCACCCAGAUCUGCAACACCGCCGUGGCCGAACAAAGAGCCAACAGCCUGUAUUCAACCCCCCACGGACCAGAGGCUAAACCCAUCAGAUCAUCCUCCGGGCGACUGCCGGCCAAAAGGAAGCUGGACCUAGAGGACCCUCUUUACCUCCCAGAGUUCCGCACACCAAAAGGCAAAUGCAGUAUCGCACCAAGGAUACCAAGCCCAAGAACUCCAAAGUCUCCAGGUGAGCGGACGAGGUACGACACUUCCUUGGGCCUGCUCACCAAGAAAUUUGUGGGUCUGAUUGCUGAGUCCCCUGAUGGAGUUCUUGACCUAAACUGGGCCACUGAGGUUCUGGAGGUCCAAAAGAGACGCAUCUAUGACAUCACCAAUGUCCUGGAGGGAGUUCAGCUAAUCCGAAAGAAGUCCAAGAACAACAUUCAGUGGUUGGUUGGAGAUGUGUUUGAGGGUGGUGCAGGUGGAGGAGAGAAGGCACGUGCCCUGAGGAAAGAGCUUGGAGACCUGGAGAAGGCAGAGAGAUCUCUGGAUGAACUAAUCCAUUCCAGCAGCACACAGCUCAAACAGCUCACUGAAUAUAAAGACAAUCAGAGGUUGGGCUAUGUGACAUACCAAGACAUCCGAUCCAUUGGCAGUCUCCGAGACCAGACAGUCAUUGCUGUCAAGGCCCCUGCUGAGACCAAGCUGGAGGUGCCAGACACUGCAGGGCAAGGGUCAUUACAGAUCUAUCUAAAGAGUAAGAAUGGCCCCAUUGAAGUCUACCUGUGUCCAGAGGAGGGUCUUGAAGACGCCAGUCCUGUUAAAAGCGUUGUCACGCCUAAAAAAGAGUUCCCUCAACCCCUCGGCCAGCCAGCUACAACCCCGAUGGCACCACCAAGCUAUAGCAUCAAAGAGGAGCCUACUGAACCCCCAGUCGCCUCCUCCGCUACAGCGUCCAGUUCUUCUCUGCUGGACGUAGAGGGUCUGCUGGGUUUGCCCCCCAGCCUGCUCCAGAUGACGGAGGACCAACUCCCUUGUACCUCCUUUACCGCAGACCCUAACACCCCCUUUGUCAGUUUCUCUCCACCCUUGGACCACGACGAUUACCUCUGGAGCCUAGAAGAUGGCGAGGGAGUGUCAGAUUUCUUUGAUACUUACGAUCUUGGAGAUCUGUUGAAGAGCUGAGGUAUAGAUGAAGAAGGGGAAAGGAAAUAUAGUGAGGAAGGAGGGCGAGUAUUUAACUGAAUGCCUAAUAUUACACUAUGAAGCCAUCACUCUGUUUUUGCCAUGCCUGUUUUAAUAUGAAUAAU